UUCAUUACAAAAAGUUUUGAAUCCACAUCUGUUUCAAAAAAUAUUAAAGAAUUUAUAAGAAAAAAUGAAGAUGAUAUGCUAAAACAGUUUAUCAGGGAAAUAACUGAAAAUGAAUAUAAUUUUCUCUCAAAUAAAGAUGACCCACCUCAUUUUGAAAGUAUACCAGAAGUAACUUCAUCAAUUAUGUGGGUCAAAGAUUUGCUGACUAAAAUUUCCAAACCUACGACUCAGAUAUGUGCUCAAGGUAUUUUAUCCAGAAGAAAAGUUGAAGUGCAAGAACGGUUUAAAAAAACUGAAGCUCUUUAUACUGCAUAUAUGCUGGAAAAAUACAACAACUGGAAAAUCAUUGCAGAAGAAAAAUUAAAUAAAUUCUUACACUCAAAAGUGUUGAAAAAGGUUCAACCACAGUCUAUAAAGUCACUUUCUGCAAAUAUUUUGAAUUACAAAGUCAACUUUCUAACUUAUUUGGAAGAUGUAUCAAUCGAAGCUAAAAUUUUAGAACACAUGGGAUAUGAGGUGCCCAUUUUCGUACGAAACAUAACUCUGCAAGAACGAAUUUAUUAUAAAUACAGAAACAAACUCAAAAUCAUAUUAAAACGUAUGGAGAAUGCUUUGCUGAAUCUAAAAACACACGAAAUUAAGCUAUUAAGUAAAUCGACUGAAAACCUUUGCAUUGUACUUCAGCAAGGAACUGAACUCCAAUGGGAAUCAUCUGAAAUUUCCAUAUAUUUGAAGAAAUUGAAAAAGACUGUUGAUGUGUUUGCUGGAAUUAUGACUCAAGCAAAGAGUAUAUUCUGCGAAAUAGAAAAGCAAAUUAAAAAACUUUCCACAUUCCAGCUAUUUACUUUUACUGAUAUGAAAGCAUUUGAUAACAUAACGAACUGUGAGGUAUUUUUUGAACGAGCUGAAGCUGCUGUAAAUGGCCAGAUAAAAAAAGUUGUGGAAACUUAUAAUACUUUACCUCCAUUAUUGAAAAAUUUAGAGCAAGUAACUUGUCAAACUGCUACAGGGAAAGCCAAAUCCCUGUCACAAUACUAUAGUUAUUGUGAAGAAAAUAUUCUGUUGUCACUUAUUGAAAUGAUGAUAAUGAAUUUGAAGUAUUUGAAGGAUGAGCUAUGGGAUCAAUUUUUCAUUCCUAAUAUUCAUAAGUUUUGGUAUUCAAAUGAUGAACUUGACAAGUUAUCUUUUGCAAGAAUAAAAUGGGCAUUUGUGAUCUUCAUGAAAAACAUAUCUGAAUGUACUAGGAAUGUAAAGAGAUGGCUGCAAGGAACUUGCAUUGAAUCCCCAACCUUUUUUACAAGAGAUGCCGGAGAGAUAGAAUUCUCAUAUUAUCUUGAUUUGUCAUUGCACCCUAAAAUUAAAGAGCUUGUACUUUGUAUAAUAAGUUGGUUUUUGUCGUACAUGAAAAAACUUCAAACUGAAUAA